UAUAACUGGUACAUUAUCGAAUGUUAAUAAUGGUGGUGUUGGUAAUGUUAGUACGGUAGUGCAGGCUCCUGAUGGUUUCCAUUACGUACCUUCCGAAGAAGCUAUUAAAGUUACUAUGUGUGAAAUUGGAUUCAAAGUUGAUCCGGAUUUUUCCAAUGUCGUCAAUGAAAUUUCUUUCAUAAUGAAAAAAUUAUAUGAAUUGGCAAAAAAAGGAAAAUAUCCAAUAAAUUAUCUUGCAGAUUUUAGAAUUAUAAAAUCAACUGAAACUUUAUUUGCCACUACCUUUGAUAAUGAUAAAAACGCAUUAUAUUUACAAAUUGAUAUCGAUGCAAUCUUUGGCAGUCCUGACUGGGAAGAAUUUAUACAAUCAUUAGGGCCAAGAUAUUUUAAUAAAAAGUACAAUGCAAAGCCUCAUUGGGCAAAAGAAUGGGAAACUAUUCCAGGCAUUAUACCUUAUCUUUCUGAUGUCUUAUCUGCACAAAUUAAACAAUUUGAGGUAGUGCGUUCAAAGUAUGAUCCUGAUAAAAUGUUUUUCGAUAAUAAGUCAUUGCAGGAAAUAUUUAGUGGCGCUUUAGGUUCACAAAAGGGUAAGAACCCAAAGUAA